GUAUUUGAAAAAGUUAAAAAGACAAGUUAAAAUUUUCUGUAAACGCACAACGGAAAAUUUCUCCCAAAUUCGAAAUGGCGAAAGAGAUCGAAACUCUUACAGAAGAUGAACGACGCGCACUUCGUGGCAGCAAAUUCGCUCCUCUUCCCAUUCUUCCCAACUCCCACAAAUCCAAACCCAGAUUGGCUCAUCCUGGUGGACCUGUUGCGACGAAUAAAGCGGCGGCUUUGGCUAAGUUUUUGGAGAGGAAGUUGAAGGAACCUAAUGGAUUGGCGUCUAUUAACCCUGAUCUACUUGAAGUUGCUGUUAAAAAUGCCAAACAAACUGUUUCUACAAGUAAUGGUGGUACUUCUAAUUCAAAAAGAAAUGUCCGGCAUGUAGAAUCCUUUGGCGACUCAGAUGCAAGUGAAGAGGAACAAAAUGAUCUCCCUGCGGUAAAGGAAUGCAAGAAGAAGAAAAAGAAGAAGAAAGAAAAGAAGAAAAAUAAAAAACGAAAGGAUGUGAUACUUUUAGGAUGACAAAGAUGCAGAUAGGGUGUUGUCAGAAAAAUUGUUAUUCAUUCAAAUGGUAAGAGUUUCUCUAUCUUGGCAAUGGAUCCUUCUUUAUGUGGCCAUUCACGAUGGAGUUGGAGGUUUUGACUCAAGUUUGGUUUAUGAUUGUGUGUGCGUGUUUAGCUUGGGUUUGGUUUUGGUUUUGGCAUUGAUUUUGAAGGUUUGUUUUAUUGGUGUUGAUGGUAGCUCUUGAUUGAGUUGUGUAUUUAUUGUUGUUUACGAUGAAUGAUGUGUAUGAAUUUCUUUUGGAUGUUAUGCUUAUACACGAUGUCCUUUACUUUUUUGUUUCCA